AUGGGGAAGAGUCAGAAAAAGACAGGAAAGGGUCGUCUCGACAAGUACUACAAGCUUGCAAAAGAGCAAGGCUAUCGGGCUCGUUCAGCUUUCAAGCUAAUUCAACUUAACAAGAAGUACAACUUUCUAGAGUCUGCACGCUGCUGCAUAGAUCUCUGUGCCGCGCCAGGAGGAUGGCUGCAGGUGGCUAGUAAGUAUAUGCCGGUGAACAGUGUGAUCAUAGGUGUCGAUCUCGUUCCUAUCAAACCCAUACCUCGCGUAGUCACUUUUGCUUCUGAUAUCACUACUCCCCAGUGUCGUAACCUUAUCCGUGCGGAAGUAAAAGACUGGAAAGCAGAUGUUGUCUUGCACGAUGGUGCACCCAAUGUCGGGACUGCUUGGAUUCAGGACGCUUAUGGCCAAUCAGAGCUUGUGCUCAUGAGCUUAAAGCUCGCGGUGGAGUUUCUUGUCAAAGGAGGAACGUUUGUGACAAAGGUUUUCCGGAGUGCAGAUUAUAACAAUCUCAUCUGGGUGUUCAAUCAAUUGUUCGGAAAGGUUGAGGCUACAAAACCACCUUCGUCUAGAAACGUAUCUGCAGAAAUUUUUGUUGUGUGCCGCGAGUUCCUUGCGCCCAAAUUCAUCGAUCCCAAAUUCCUCGACCCAAAACAUGUUUUCAAGGACCUCUCUGCCUCCAUUCCUGAUGGCUCCGACAAGCCAGCUCGCGCUCACAAUGCCGAAGCCAAUGUUUUCCAGCCGGAAAAGAAGAGACGGAAACGAGAUGGAUACGAAGAUGGCAAUUAUACCUUGUUCAAAUCAAUCCCCGUCUCGGAAUUGAUUCACAGCACUGAUCCGAUAUCUGUACUUGGGUCUGCCAACAAGAUCACGUUCCAAACCGACGAGGAAAAAGAAUGGCUCAAAUUCGAAAUCACUUCCGGAGACGUCAAGGCAAACUGCGACGAUCUUAAAGUUCUUGGAAAGGGUGAUUUCAAGGCGCUCAUCAAAUGGCGUCUUGCCCUUCGUGAAGAGCUUGGAUUGGACGUGAAACGUAAAGACACCGAAGAUGCGACUGAAACUGUCGAAAUUAUCGAAGAAGCUGAUGAAGAACAAAUGAUACAGGACGAGCUGGAACGAUCAAACGCAGAAAAUGUCGCUCGCGCCAAACGAGAUCGACGUCGUGCGAAUGAGAUUAGAAACAAGACUAUUCAACGCAUGCAGCUACAAAUGACUGCCCCAAUGGACAUCGGGCUUGAGCUGCAAGAUGCCUCUCUUGGGGGCCAAGAUGAUUUCUUCGACCUUCAAGGUGCCGAGAAAGGCAUGCGGAAGCGAGGUGGUGUUUCUAACCUAAUCGGAACUGAAGGUGUUCUGUCACAGGAAAGUGAUGUUGACAAUGAUAGUGACAACGCAAGCGACGAGGAGAUCUUGGAUUCUGAAGAGGAACGGGAGAAGAAAACCCGCGGACUGGAAAACGAACUGGAUGGCAUGUACGAUUCGUAUAGAAGUCGAUUGCGGGAGAGAGAUGCCAAGUACAAAGUCAGAGAGGGUAGAGAGAAGAACAAAGAACGGGAGGCCUGGUCGGGGAUCAAAAAAAAUGAUUCUAGCGAUGAAGAAGAUAGCGAUGCGGAAGGGGGCGGAUGGGAGGAAAUGGAACGAGCCAAGGGGCACAACGACAACUCUUCAUCUAGCGGUGACAGUGACGAUGAACCUGAAGGACCAAAGACCUCUACAAAAAAAAGGUCUUUACCGACUACCGGGUCCUCGAGAGACAGCAAACGCGCCCGGUUACUCACCAAACUUAAAGAGCCUAUUCCAUCAGGCAGCCAGGCGUCCAAGGUGUGGUUCAGCCAGGACAUUUUUGCUGGUAUUAGUGAUGAUGUGAAGGACAUUGAACACGAAGUUAGAGAGGAGCAGGACGUGGAGAUGGUGGAUGUUGAAGAUAAGACUGUCGAUAUUGAGGAAGAAAACACCGACACAGAUUGGGACGACGAUGAGGAUGACUUUGAGGUGGUGCCACAAGUCGGCGAGGACGUCGAUAUGUGGGAUGUCGCAAACGCUGAUGAAGAUGCUUUGAAGCAAGCUCAUAUAAAGAAGCAUGGGCUUACUACAGCAGAGGCAGUGACCUUGGCUCAGCAGCUCGUCAAUCGUGAAAAAACCAAAACACAGUUGAUUAACGACGGUUUCAAUCGUUAUUCCUUGAACGCGAAGGAUGGGUUGCCGUCGUGGUUCCUUGACGAUGAGACCAAACAUUAUAAACCCAAUAUACCGGUUACGAAAGAGGCUAUCGCUGCGUUACGCGCGAAACAAAGAGCGCUGGAUGCACGACCCAUUAAGAAGAUAGCUGAAGCCAAGGCCAGGAAGAAAUACAAAGCCGCCCAGAAGCUUGAGAAAGCUAUGAAGAAGGCUGAAGGGGUCAACGACACUUCGGAUAUGUCAGAACGUGAAAAAGCCUCCCAAAUCGAGAAACUUAUGCGCAAAGGUCUGUCAAAGGGAAAACCGAAGAAGGAGGUGAAGCUGGUCGUGGCAAAAGGUGUUCACAAAGGGGUGAAAGGUCGUCCCAAAGGCGUAAAAGGUCGAUAUGCCAUGGUAGACUCCAGGAUGAAGAAGGAGGUAAGGGCCAAAAAACGAACAGAGAAGGCGAACAAAAAACGCAAACGGGCAUAG